AUGAGAGUUUGGUCACAAUCACCUUUGUCUUUAUUAUCCGUGUGAUUCAUCGUUCGUGCGAAAUAUAUUCUGUUUUCGUGUGUUUCCUAAGCUUAUGAAGUUUUGAAUUGAAAGUGAAAAUUAUAAUUAUCUCCUUGAUAUUGGUGUGUUGCAUCACUGUUGUGAUUUGUAUUUUAUCAUUGCAAUUAGUAUCCUUCCAAGACAUGAAUAGCAAGAACUUGCAUUAUGACUCGAUGUAAAGUCCUUAUUUAAAGUUUCAUUUUUCGUACCUGAAAUAAGAAUUUGCAAUUUCUCUUAUAACGUGUCUGUGUCAUAUAAACCUUUGUUUUGCAUUUCGCCUUCGUGAAUCCCCAAAUUACCAAAAUCCUCAUUGAUUUAAAUUGAUUUAAAUAAAAAAAACCAAAAGGAAUUUAAACCAAAUCGCUAAACUUAAAAAAAAAAAAAAAAAAAUCCGGAAAGUCUCGCAAAGUCGCGUCGAAGUCCAGUUAUCAGUGUCGAGUAUGGCAAGAGCACGUGCUGCGUAGGAUAAAAAUUUUCACUAAAAUAUCUCUUAUGUGGGAUGAAGGUUGCCCUGGGAGCAGCGGCAGCCAUUACUGGGGCUAGUGCCCUAAUCUACAUAAUCCUUAGGUCACGAAAGUGGCACACAGAGCAAGGAGGCAAGGAUGUCCCGAGCCCCAGGCACAAGGUUGGCACACUUGGUGAAGUGUCGUCACAUGAAAAAUCAGACGUGCAUGUGGGGGGGAAGACUGAGCCCCAUAGGGAGGCCAAAGAUCACCAGGAGAAGAAUAACUAUGUUUCCUAUAAGAGUCUAAAUGGCCAUGUUCUAGCGGAUGAGAACAUUGAUUUGUCACCUGAUGAUUUUGCACCCAGAAGUGAAGGAUUUGUUGAUGGGCAAAAGGGGAAGCCCAGCCAGGAGGCAAACACCAAUAAAUGUGGGCCUCCUGAAGAUGUUGCUUCCAAUGCAACUAAUGAGACACAAGACAGUUGCAAGGAAUCCACAGUGAAGAUUGACGUGCUCACCUCCUGUAUCGUGACCCUGAAUGCUCCUAGUUGUUUGGGUGAUGAAGGCCAGCUGGAAGAGAAGGAGAGGUCUUUGCCAGUGAAGGAUGAGCUAGAGCUGAAAGCUGAUAAGGAAGAAAUUGAUGGAAGCCAUGUUGAUGUUAUCCCCUCCAAGGAAAAUAAAAUUGUUCAGCCUCUUGAAAGUGCCAAACCAGACACUGCAGAAGCCCCUGGUAGCUCUCCUAAUGAUACUUUGGAAUCCAGCACUAUUAAUAGGCCAGAGGAUGGAUCAUCAGGUGAAAAGGAAGCUGAUCAGGCAAGUCAACAGGAUGAUAACUAUAGCACUGAUAGAGACAUACAGGAGGACAUUGUACAAGUCGCAAAGAUUUGUCUUAGAGAGGCAUUACCUGAAGACCAAGAUGUGCCAAGAAUCUCUGAAGGGGAAGUGAACAAGAGUUACAUGUCACCAAGUACAAACAUAGAGACCCAAAUCAUAGCCUCUGCUUUGUGUGUAGAUGAAACUGUAAAUUGUAAUGAUACAGGCAAAGUACAAAAAUCCGAGUCAUCACUUUCAAAUACACAGAAUGAAGAAAUACUAAAUGAGGUGAAGGAAGAGGCAAAAGAAGAAUUGACUUUAACUUUACCUGCCAGUGCUCUUGAAAAGAUAAAGAAUGUAGCUGUAAUGGAAAGCAAACCAGAAUUAGAGACAGAGGCAAGUAACCUAAAAGAAAGUAAUGUAGAUGUUUCUAGCAGUAAUGGAGAUGCAAUUUCUAGUGAAACCACAAAAAUUGAUAGUUGUGAAGAGGUAGUAGUUGAGAAACAAGAACUAGAUUGUUUUGAUGAAGAGAAUAAGUUGGAGCGAGAUGAUGGAAUCCAACAAGAUAUUAGUUUGGUGGAGGUUGAAUCUGUUGUUACACAAGAGGCAUUUACUAAUCCAUCCGUCAUCAAAGAAAACAGCGUUGAGGAAACUGUAUUAGUCAAUGGGAUUGAGAUGCCUGACAAUACCACUAGUGUUCAGAAAAAUGUUGAUGUAAAGGCUGAGAUUAUUCCCAAUGUGACAGCUGAGGUUAUUCCAAAUAUGACAGCUGAGAUUAUUCCCAAUGUGACAGCUGAGAUUAUUCCCAAUGUGACAGCUGAGGUUAUUCCUGCAGUUAACACUGUGCCAGAUUGCAAUGACAAACAGAUUUUGAAUUGGGCUGCUGAAGUGCAGGAAGAAAUUGCGAGAGAAAAGGCCGAACUGCACACCACUGAGCUUGAGCCAAAGCACCCAGUCUGCAAAGUCCAGGUGUCCGAGGCUCCUUCUGACAUCACUGAGCAGAAAUCGAACAAAAAGAAUAGUACAGUUCCCUCAUCGAAAGACAGCUCAAAGCAAGGCAGCACAAAGAAGCCUGGAAAGGAGGCCUCAGAAAAGGGCAGGAGGAGGAGAGGUGGCAAGCAGGCCCCCCCGCGUAAUGAAGUUCCACCCGAGCCGAAAACCAACAACAACGUAAGCCAAACAAAGGAAAAUUCCCAGACUGUAGCAGUGGAACCAGCAGUUACUGACCUGGAAAACUACCCUGUGUCAGAGCCCGACAGCCACAACUGUGACUCGCAAAGCUUGAAAUCAAUUGACAGCGGUCAGGGAAGCAUUGAAGUAGAACCCGAGACUGUAUUUAACCCGUCAGCGUGUCCUGUGUUCAGCCAAGAGCAGUUUUUGUUCUAUGAAUUCGAAAUUCCACAGACACUGGUAGGAAGGUUGAUUGGCAGGAAAGGAGCCUUUGUAAACAAAAUCAAGGCUACCACUGAUGCAACGCUUAUAGUGUAUCCACACAAGAACAGAAGACUAAAGUUAUGUUCUGUUGAGGGUACCAGACAGCAGGUUGACGCAGCCAUAAGGAUGAUCAGAGACUACUUCCCCCUUGACAGAUACCCUGACGUCACCCUAGAGCAAGUGUCAGGGAGAGGACCAGUGCAGCCUGCAGUUCAGCCCACCGUCAACACGCAAGCCAUGCAGAUUGAACUGACAGCUGGUGUGGUGGUAGAGGUGCGUGUGAGUUCUGUCAUGAGUGGCGGGGAACUGUGGGUGCAGCAGCCUCUCCACCCCUCCUUCUCUGCCCUACAGCGCCUCCACUCUUGCAUGAACCUCAACUAUGGGGACGGCUCGAACACCCCACCCUUGCCUGUACCUAUUCAAGGUUAGUCUGCUGAGAAGUGG